CCCAAACACAGAGGAUGCCUACCCGAUGAACCAGUGAAACCUCAGACCUCCUUUCCUCUAUUCAUAUUCUUGACUGCUUCCCCUGUAAUGCAGAAGGCGUGGGAAAUGUCCUAUUGGGCAAUUCAACUGUGCUGAAAUAGUGGGAUUAUAACACCUAGUCCAAUUAAGCGAAUCAGUGGACAUCCUCUACAAGAACAUCAGGUUUUACCAGGUUUACACACCUGGUUAAGGGUCUUUCUCAAGGGCACCACAGUGGCAUUGAAGACGGAGGGGGCAAAUGCUGUUUAUUUCACUAAUCUAACAUAUAUUCCUAACAUAGUCACAAUCUAGACUCUUAAUAUAAGAUGUAGACUAGCCAUGAUCCAGAAUGCCAGCUAUUGUUGUGGAAAAAUAUCAGUCUUGUAGUUCAAAAAAUCUCUCAGACAAAGAAGGUCCGGGUGUCAAGGGGUUAACUUUAUUUGCUCGAGUCAAACAAAGUGAGAUGUUCCAAGUCAUCUAAAAACCAAGUGUUUUCAGUCUACAGUUAUAGUGAAACUUCUGAAAGGUGGUCCUUUCUAAAACCAAUCAGGUAGAUUCCCGUUAUCUCUUAUUUUUAUUAACCAAUUGUUAUUUUCUGCCACCAAUAUAUCCCAGGCAACAAGGUGCGUAUUUAUUCGUGGUAGGCUGGCUAUUACCUAAUUUUUAAAAUAUAUUUUUAUAUAUCCUCGCCCACCACAAUUAUGUAAUGGUCAUCAUGACCUGUUUCCUUUUCUUCACCUCCUGUGGUAAAACUGUGGCCUUGCUCAAUGUAGAUUAUAGUCAUAGUAACAGGGCGGAACAUGCCCAGAUUUGGUCAUACUGUAGGGUUGGGGCCGGAAAAAGUCCCCAGAUUUCAUAAACACUGCCAGACAUCAAAAACACAGCUGUUCAGGGUGCUUUUCAGAAUCUCAUACAAAUGUUUUUAAAACGAAGAGCAAUACAUAGUGAAUAAUGAUCAAAAACAUAAAGACAUAUCAUGAAAUUCCUCCAUACUAUUUGCUGAAGUUCAUCUUUCAAACCGAACAGAAUGGAAUGCAGUACUCUUCAGGUGCUUUUGCUACCCUUAAAAAGUUUAUUCUAAUGUUAUUAGUAACUUUUAUUGACAUACAAUUAUUCUAGAGAAAAAUAAAGUGUAAUACAUGUUAAUUACAAUCUUGUAUGUAUUUUAAAUUUAGUCGUAGGAUCACAAGACUUUUUCAAAAUAAUUUCAUGUCAUUUUUGUCUUUGCACACAUGAACAGAAACUGCACAACAACAGGUCUGCUAUGAGACACUUGGAAGAACACUUGGACAUGGAAGCGCGUGAAAUUAUCCACUAGUGAUCGCAUUUAAUGUAAAUGCGCUGGAUGGAGCUGAUAAGAGCUUGAGUUGUUUGUAGAUGAGACUCGCACAAACCAGCUCAGAAUGCCGAGAGAAACCAGAGCAUUUCACUGAAGUCUACGCAAGCAUUAUGAUCAAAGCGUUUGAAACGCAUCUGCAAAUACAGUUUACAUUCGCGUUUCCUAACUUUGCAAUGCAUAACACAUCAAUUAUAACGCAUAUUUCAUAGAUGCUGCUCUUAGAUACUAAGAGUUUAAUGAAAAGUCAUCAAUUGGAUUUAGGGAUCCGGGAUUAAAUCAAACCAAAAGUGCAUGCUCAUGUAAAGGCAGUGAGACACGCAUCUCACGCCAUCGAUACGUGCCCAUCAUGCCCAUUCAAACAGCACCGUUAGGUAACCUACAGGUACAUCUAAAAAAAUUAGAAUAUCAUUAAAAAGGUCAAUAUUUUUUGUCACUCAUUUCAGAAAGUGAAACCCAUAUAUUAUGUAGAUUCAUUACACAUAGAGUGAAAUAUUUCAAGCCUUUAUUUCUUGAAAUUUUGAUGAUUAUGGCUUACACAUAAUGAAAACCCUAAAUUCAGUGUCUCAGAAAAUUACAAUAUUAAUAAAGAAAAAGAAUAUUUUAAACAGAAAUGUCAGGGUUCUGAAAAGUAUGUUCAUUUCUAUGCACUCAAUACUCGGUUGGGCCUCCUUUUGCAUGAAUUACUGCAACAAUGCGGCGUGGCAUGGAGGCAAUCAGCCUGUGGCACUGCUCAGGUGUAUUGGAAGCCCAGGUUGCUUUAAAUCAAUCGGAACAAUUUAAGACAUGUAAACCUUUAGACAUAAUUGCUUGCCUUACACGAUGUUACACAAUGGGUGUGUGAUUAUAUUAAAUGCAGGCUUAUAUAUACGCUUAAAUUAAGCAGCAACAUAUCUAAUAAUACACGUCCAGAAGAUGGCAAAUUUGGACGUCCAGGGACGAGUAGAAAAGACUUGGAAAUCACGGCCAGGUGACGUCAAAGACAUCCGUUCAACGUUCAUUUUGGAACUAUUUUUCACCCGGGACGUGUCGGACUGACGUCUUUUCAACGGUCAUUAAACGUCCAAAUGUUUGUUGGGUAGCUCCACCGCUUGCGACAUCCUUUGACAUCACACAGUGGUCGCGUGCACACAAUUCCCUGUACUAAACAACUUGUCAAAGUAUGUUCUGUGACUGUGCAUCCCGGCCACAAGUGCACCUUCUGAGAGAACAAUCAGCUUUUGUGGGCGGAGUUUGGAGGAGAGACGUGAACUGAAAUGGUUGUCAGUCAGAAUUGCUUGCAUGGAUGUCUUUUUUCUUUAAAUCGUUUUGCAGUGUAGCCUAUAAUAAUCCAACAGUUUUCGUUUAUUCAUAGUUUAUAUAUAUAUAUAUAUAUAUUUAUUUAUUUAUAGUUAUUUAAUAUUGAAGGACACUUGUUGUACAGUACAUUCUUUCACCAGUCAGUUAUAGGCCUAAUAUAGGCUAAGCAAGAAGGGAGAGGGCUCUAUUUUUGUUUUAAUUUAGCCUACCCCUGUUGAAAAAACAGCAUAUGCUGGGUUAGGUAUGUUUUGAUACUGGUUUGACAAUCUUAAACCAGCUAAGGACCAGCACAUGACCACCUUAAGCCAGUGCAAACCAGCAUCAAAACAUACCAAACCACUAUACUGUUUUUUCAACAGGGACUUGUUUUGCUUAAUUUUAUUUCAAGUUAUAUUGUAUUAUAUUGAAAAGCUAGAUAAAAUAUAAAAAGCACAUUUUGACCAUUCAGUUUAUACAAUAGUAAAAAAAUUGGCUAAAUAAAUAGAAGAAAUAAGAAAAGCCGUGUUCGGUAUUCGGCCGAAUUGUUUCAUUUUUAUUCAGCUUCGGUCAAGAAUUUUCAUUUCCGUGCAUUCCUAGUCCAAAGAGGUCAUAUGCUAAAGUUGCCUGAAUUUAAUCAUUGAGUAGGUAGGCGAAUAGUGGGAGGUCCAUUUACAACCGGUUGUUAAACAACGUGGUUGGAGGAUAAAGUGCUGGAAGCAUGGCUGAGGGCCGUCUCUGGGAAUAACCUUGAGGUGUACUGCUCUGUGUGUCGGAAGGCAUUUAGCAUAGCCUUGUUUAUCUUUCUAAUAAACCUUGCAUUGGGUUAGUCACUCAAUUCAUUCUCUUGUGCUUCGUUCCCACCCUUCUGAAUUAUGUUUCAUUAAUAAGGAGUUAUUACAAACUAAGACUGUUUAGUUGUGCUAUCUUACAAUCAUUAUAUAGUAAAUGUAAGUUAAUGUGUAGCCAAUGUAACCGAUUAAAACAAAAAAGUGGCGAUGAGGUCUUAAAACGUAUGGAAAGAGUCUUGAAAAAGGUCUUAAAAAGUAUUAAAUUUAGCUCCAUGAUUCCUGUAUAUACCCUGCACACACAGUUCUACUUAUAUGGUAUGUAAUUGUGAUCAUCAGAUUACAGUCGUAAGUAAUUAGUCUUUCUUGACUAAAAUAUAAUGUGCUUCAAAAUAUCUAUGAAACCAUGAAUAUUUGUGAAAUCUUUUCUACUUUUACAAAUGCAAAGAAUUAAAUAAGGCAAACAACCAAAGCAAUGAAGUACCCUGCGACGUUGAAAAAAGAUUUACUGAACAAGUGUCAAUGUGUGUUGAGUUGGGAGUGAGAACGGGUUGUCAGGAUGAUGGAACCAGAGGUGCUAUGAAACAUAGUUUUUUUUUACCUUCAUAAAUACAAGUAUUUCACAUACAGUAAAGUGACAAACAUCAUAUUCCAAUCUUGUCUGUUCGCAUUUAUUUGCGCUGUAUUAAACAAAAUACUGGAGUCAUUGGAUCGCUCUACUGAUGGAUGUUUGUGCUUUAUGGAGGAGCUUCACCACGUUGAGCCCCAUUUAAGAUUACAUGACAGGGUUUUAAUGUCAAAUUAUUAGUUUGUGUUCAGCUAAUGAAAUGAAGUCAGAUUCAUCAGUGACUACAUGAUGAGUGAAUGUAAUAAAUAAGUGACAUGUCAUGACACCAUGAGUCUGAUAUAUCAUGAACUGGAGAAUAAUCUUCAGCAGCACACUUUACGACGGACGAGCGACAGGAAGAGAGACAGGAAGAGUCACACACGAUUACAGCACUCGUCACACAAGUCAGUAUCAUUAAUGUAUGUCUUCUUCAUGUGUGAAAACAUUGGUUCAGCAGCGGCACCGGUGGUCCAGUGGACUGUGCUCCAGCACGUUGCAUGGAAAGUUCAAAUCCUGGCUCCUUUCUUCAUUUGCUCUUUGAGUUGGCUUGAGUUUUCUCAUUGACAGGCAGCCGACACGAUAAAGAUGAAUGUGAGUCAGCUCAACACGUCUCUCAAGUGCGAGCGGGACACAAGCGUCACCUCCGUCCUCUUCCCCUGUCUGUACGCAGCUUUAUUCCUGCUGGCCGUGCCAAUGAACGCUCUGGCCGCCUGGAUCUUCUUUCAGAUUCACAGCAGCUCAACAUUUGUGUUUUAUCUGAAGAACGUGGUGGUGGCGGAUCUGCUGAUGACUGUCACACUGCCCGUGAAGGUGCUGACCGACGCCGGCUUGGGCUCCUGGCACCUGCGGGCCUUUCAUUGCCGUUACUCGGCGGUCCUCUUUUACAGCACCAUGUACGUGGGCAUCCUUCUGCUGGGACUCAUCAGCUUGGACCGUUACUUAAAGAUCGUGCAUCCAUUCAGGAAGAGCCGGCUCCAGAGGCUUGGGGUGACCCGGGUCCUCUGCGCUGUUAUCUGGCUGAUGAUGUUGUCAUUGGCUCUGCCCAACGUGGUCCUGAGUAACCGCACCCCACAGACGUCCUCGAGCGCUCGACUGCGCUGCUCCAGGAUGAAGGGUCAGGCGGGACUCGUGUGGCACGAGGGCUUCAACUACUUCUGCCAGCUGCUGUUUUGGGGCACGUUGUCACUGAUGCUGGUGUGUUACACGUUCAUCAGCAGAAAAGUGUUGGAGUCGUACCGCGUGUCACGCAGCAACAGCGCCACAGCCACUAAACAAACCACAUGUGUUUGUGGUAGUGGGAGUUUUCUUCCUAUGCUUUGCACCCUUCCAUCUUGCCCGAAUCCCCUACACCCUCAGUCAAACCCGAAACACGUCUCAUGUCCAGUGUUGGACUCACGACCGCCUCUAUUGGGUCAAAGAGAUCACGCUGUGGCUGUCAUCGACAAAAGUGUGUCUGGACCCUCUCAUUUAUGUUUUCUUGUGUCAAGUCUUUCGUAAGAAACUCACGGCCACUCUGAGUCGUCGACCAGAGGUGUCUGUGACCGAGUCCACCAUCAGAAGAGAAAUGCCCAACAUGCCUCCUCCUAAUGUCAAUGAGAAUGAAUGCUAAUGUCCAUCUCUCUUCUGCAUGUCAUUUAAACCACAUGAAAACUACACAUAAACCCACUAAACUGUGUGCAGAAAUGGUCUGAUCUUCAGCUCACAACGAUCCGCAACACACAAGCUGACUGAAUAAAAAUGACACAGAGUUUUUAAGGUUCAGUCUGGAGAAGUACAUUAAGUAAACCUCAGUAUUAUUGACACUGUAAUGUGUUUUUCUGAAGAAAGAUACUCUGUCUGUGUGGAUGUGUGGUUCUGGUAAACCCCCUUCAGUGUGUGGACCAAAUGUGCCCACUAUGGCCAAAAUAACAAGAGUUUUUGACUUUGGUCCCCAUGAGGAAAAAUCAAACUAAAUGAUGUUGAAAAUGUUAAAACGCUGAAUGUUUGUGUGAGGGUUAGGGGUUGAGAGUAAGGUUUAGAAAUCAUUACGUCCACCCAAAACAUGAAAACCCAACAUGUUGUCACAUUGGAAUGAAAAGAUUCUAUCUGCUUUCUGAGCAGUUUUGAGUUAUUGUGCUUCAAAGUUUUUGCAUUUCAUAUUGCAAAAUGAGUAACAAGACAGACAGAAACCCUGUAUUCUAAAUGUACAAUAUCAAAACAUUAAAACAUAAAACUAGUGUUGUAAUAAUGUGUUGACAUGUAUAAAAAAAGUUACAUUUCAUAAUUCAGGAUUAAUCGUUUUGUCUUGUUCAUGUUAAGCAUUAAAGGCUUAUAUUUUAUAUUUAAAAAUAUUUUAGUACUUAAUACUUUAUUUCACAGAAAGUGUUACAGGUAAAAUGGUUUUCUCUCCAGGGAUAAGUAUGACUGAAAUAACAUGCUGAUGUUUAGUAUUGUAAUUAAGAGCCCAUCAAUUAAAUAGUUUACUGUUUGACCUUAUAGGCUUACAACUGUAAAAUGUAAGACAUUUCAAGAACUUAAUUUUAUAAAAGAUGAAGAUAAACAAAGCCGAUCCUGAUUGGUCCUCUUGUGUGCAUUCAUAGAGCUGAUGAACUCACAAAUAUAAUCCUAGAACCAAGUUUGAUUAGAGAGAACCUUCAAGUUUUCUAAUACUGCCAUGCGGAUGUCUGAGUCAUUUGGACACGUAUCACUCUUUGUUAUGUCACCUUUGUAUUUGUUACA